ACUGAUCAAUGAUAGGAAGCAUUUUGUUGUGUUGAUGAGUGGGUUGGCAAUAAGAAGGCUUGACGAGGCUAGGUAAAUGCAGCUGUGUUGUGACUGAGAGCGUAGUGUGCGAUGGAAAUGUAGAAGUCCACCUCUUCGCCACCACAUGAGUCCACCUCUUCACCACUACAUGCGGCCGCGAGAAGAGACAACUAUAUACACCCGGGAUUCACAGAUAAAGACGUGAAGGCCUUAUCAAAACAGCAAAAACACGCGUGCCUAGGAGAUGUCGCUUUCAACAACAGAUGAAGUCCUCCUCGUUGCAUCUCUUUCCGUGUACUCAGUUGUUGGGGUGACUGGCAACGUUUUGAUCCUUCUAGUGUACCAUAGAAAAUCAGCCAAAUUAUCACUUGUGAGCUUUAUCAGGCUUUUGGGCAUCGUGGAUUUGUUGGUGUGCGCUUUGAUCAUACCUUACACAAUUACCUUCGAGCUGCACUAUGUGCAAAAUGACUUCACUUGUCGUCUUUUCGAAUUUGUGCGCCAUUUUACAGUUUUGGCUUCAAACGCGACUCUCUUGGCCAUUGCCGUAGAACGGUAUUAUGCUGUAUGUCGUCCUCUCCAAAGGUUGGAAGAGGAACAAAUCGCCAAGGGAGUGACUGUGAUCGCUAUAGUAAGUCUGUUAAUGGCCUUACCUUCAGUUUUCAUGUUUGCCGUGCUUGCACCGGAAGUCGACUCCUAUUUAACAUUGAAUCAAACGGGGACAAUUCCCAAUGAAAGUAACAUCCGAGAAUUCUGUCAUUUUACCCCGCAGUAUUUAGGUGAAAACGGAACACUGCUGUAUCAAGGUUUCCUGGUCUUUCUUUUCUUCGGAGGAGUUAUUGUGCUGAUCAUUUUCUAUUCGUUGGUAUACACAGCCGUCUGGAAACGCACGAAAACGUGGAAGCUAAACCAAGUGGUACCAACAAGCGCUAUAAAACUUCCCUCCACCUUUUUCACCAUUGCUACCAUAGAAACUGGGUGUGACGCUGAACCAAGUAAAAGCAAUACUACUGUGACCAAAGAAUCGCCAUGUUUUCAGAACAGGUCUAAUUUUCUUACUGUUCCAAGCUUCCGGCACGACGAAAGCAAACCCGUCAGUGAAAGAGACAAAGUCUUGAAUGUACCAGAUAAAAACGAGCAGAGUAUAUCUAAACCUAAGACACUAUCAGACAUGGGUUAUUCUGAAAACUCGUCAAAUACGUCAAAGAAGAAUAGAAAGCAGUGGGAUGCUUCACACGUCAGAGGCUGGGAAACCCGACCACCAUAAAACAGCUACGAUGCUUUUUGUGUGCACUUUGGUUUUUGUGAUAACCUGGAUUCCUUUUUGGUUGGAUAUUUUCAACAUAACACAUUCCGUUCCGUUACGUUUUCAGUUUUUUAUCAGUUACGCCAGUAAUCC